AUGCGGCACAGCUGGAAAGGGUAUGUGCAGUAUGCGUGGGGAGCCGACGAGCUGCUGCCGGUGUCUCGGCGCGGCGGCACGGCGUUCUGCAACACGGGCGCCACUCUGCUGGAUGCGCUUGGCACGCUGUGGAUCAUGGGCAUGCGCAAGGAGUUCGGCCGCGCACGCGACUGGGUCGCCGACGAGAUGUCAUUCGACCUGAACUGCCAGACGUCGCUGUUUGAGCUGGUCAUCCGCGCCGUGGGAGGGCUGCUCUCUGCCUACGACCUCUCCGGGGACCAGGUCUUCUUGACCAAGGCACAGGCCAUUGCAGACAGGAUGAUGCCGGCUUUUGACACGCCCACGGGCAUCCCUCGAGGCACCAUAAACCUGGGGACACAGGUCAGCCAGGCAACCUCCUGGGCCGGCGGCGCCAACGGCGCUGUGCUGUCAGAGCUGGGAUCCGUCCAGAUGGAAUUCAUCCACCUGAGCAGGCUGACGGGGGAGCCCAAGUACGGCGUGGCAGCAGAUCGCAUCAUCAAGUUCCUGAACGCAACUUUUGACCAGGCAAGUGGCCUGGUGCCUCUGUACAUUAAUCUGGAGACGGGGACGGCCUCGAGCGGGCAGGUGGGCGUGGGGGCGCUGGCGGACUCCUACUACGAGUACCUGCUCAAGGUGUGGGUGCUCAAGGGGCGCACAGAUGAGAUGUACCGGGGCAUGUGGGUGCGCGCCAUGGACGAGGUUCUGAAGCGCCUGGUGGGCACUUCCUCAGACGGCCUCCAGUACGUGGGCGACAUCAACGGGGGGGUGUUUGUUCAGCGCUUGGAGCACCUGACGUGCUUUGUUGCCGGCAACUUGGCGUUGGGAGUGCACACGGGGGCGGUGAAUGGCACGAGGGCGGAAAAUUACAUGGCGCUCGCCAGGAACCUCACCAACACCUGCUACCAGAUGUACCGCCACAUGCCCACAGGGUUGGGCCCAGAGCAGGUGAGCUUCCAGACGGGGGUGAUGUCCAAGGUGACGGGCUACAACAUCCUGCGGCCAGAGGUGGUGGAGUCCAUCUUCAUGAUGCACCGCAUCACCAACGACUCCAUCUACCGCGACAUGGGCUGGACCAUCUUCCAGGCCUUCGAGACCUACUCCAAGGUGGAGAGCGGAGGCUACUCAGGGGUGGUAGACGUGGGCAUAUCACCACCCACCCUGGACGACAAGAUGCAGUCCUUCUGGCUGGCGGAGACCCUCAAGUACCUCUACCUGCUCUUCAGCCCCAGCAGCACCAUCCCUCUCUCUGACUGGGUCUUCAACACCGAGGCCCACCCCUUCCGCCUGGGCGAACCUGCCGCCCGCAUCAAUAGCACAGCUGCGGCUGCCGCGGUGGAGUCCAUGUCCUGA